UGUGUCUUGUCGGUUUCAACUUGCUACCGUGUACUCCUCAUCUAACACCUGAAACUUUUAAACGGUUUAUAUAAUAAGGUACUUGGUUACUUUUUAAUAAUUUCUAAGUGCAAGCUCUCGCUGGAAUAGCACCCAGCAGUCAUCUGUUUGUCCAUUUAUGGACAGUUACAAAGCUUCACUCGUCAACAUUGUGCCCGGUGCCAUUGCAUUCUGCAAGCGCUGCGGGCGUCUGUGUCUGAGCGUGACUUGCCAAAACGCUCGCAAGUAGUGAGCUUUUUUGCCUGCCUUGAUUUAUCGAGAGACAGAGAAUAUGACGAGAGACGUGGGUGCGUAUCUGACCGCUCAGCAGGCGGCCAGCACGCCGGAGUUGUCCAAGGAGUGGGCCGAAUUCGAAGAGCUCUACAACAAGCGCCUCUGGCACCAGCUGACGCUGAAGCUGCUCAAGUUUGUCCGGUCGCCGCUCAUGCAGAAGGGGGAUGCCUUGCUCAAGCUGUAUGAGAAUUUCAUUGCAGAAUUUGAGAACAAAAUGAAUCCUUUAUCCUUUGUGGAAAUUGUGAUACAGAUUGCACAUCAAAUUAAAGAUGUGAACGAGCGCCUAGAGUUCAUCACCAAGACCAAGGAGAAGGUGAAGGGCAACACGGAAGCCGUGGUGCUGUGCAACGUCACCUACGGACAGCACAAGCUGGCUGCGCAGGACUUGGAUAGCGUCAAGAAGGUGCUGGAGGAGACAGAGGCGCUGACGGAGUCCCUGGAAGGUGUGACGGAGGUGCACGGGCGCUACUACCAGCUGUGCAGCGACUACCACCAGGUGAUGGGCAACCACAAGGGCUACUACCAGGACGCGCUGCGCUUCCUUGGCUGCACGCCCCUCGACAAGAUCCCACGGGAAGAGCAGGCGUCGAGAGCCUUUGCCCUCUGCCUGGCCGCUCUCCUGGGAGAGGGGGUCUACAACUUUGGAGAACUGCUGGCCCACCCAAUCCUGGAGUGCCUGCAGAACAGCGAGCAGCAGUGGGUGGUGGAGCUCCUCUACGCCUUCAACAGCGGAAGCCUGGCACGCUACGAGUUACUCAGGUCCUCCUGGGCACAGCAGCCCGACCUGGCGGCCCGGGAGCUGUCCCUGCGCCAGAAGAUGUGCCUGCUGUGCCUGAUGGAGAUGACCUUCCGGCGGCCGGGUAACCACCGUGUCCUCACCUUCAAAGACAUCGCCGAGGAGACGCAGCUGCCCCUGAACGAGGUGGAGCUGCUGGUGAUGAAGGCCCUGAGCCUCGGCCUGGUGAAGGGGACCAUCGACCAGGUGGACUCGAAGGUGCACAUGAACUGGGUCCAGCCCAGGGUCCUCUCCAAAGAACAGAUUGGGUGCAUGAAGAAGCGCCUGGACGCCUGGAAUGCAGACGUGGCCUCCAUGGAGAAACUGCUGGAGACCAAGGCCCAGGAGAUUAUCUCCAUGUGAUGCAGAAAUAAAGUCUGGAAACAC